AUGUGGGGAAAUGAGGGGUUACUUGGAGAAGACGGCUGUGAUGUUCCAGCUGUUAAACGGUUGGGCUCUGGCGGGAAGUCUCUUUUGAAGCGUUUUGGCAGUGCACCGUCUCUCUGCAUCAAAAACCAAACCCGUUCCAACUCUUCACCAGCUGCUCUCAGGUCUCUCUAUACAGCUCUCAAAUCUUCUCAACCAAGUUUGCCAUUGUCUUUGUUCUUUAGGCAAUUGCAAAUGUCUCUAACAAAUGGGUUGGAAAUUCCAAAAGAAACACUGGAUGCAGAAAUCCAAGCCUUUUUUGACUCAGCUCCUCCUUUGAAGAACAGAGUUGAUAUCAGUGAAAAACUCGAGGAAUUUGUGAAGAAGAAUUCAUUACCUUCUGGCAUCGGAGGAGUUAGGAAGGUUGUCUGUGUGACAUCGGGGGGUACCACAGUUCCUCUAGAGCAACGAUGUGUUCGCUACAUCGACAACUUCAGCUCAGGUUAUAGAGGAGCAGCAUCCACAGAGUACUUUUUGAAGGCAGGUUAUGCUGUUAUCUUUCUUUAUCGGAGGGGAACUUGCCAGCCAUAUUGCAGAUCUCUUCCCGAUGAUCCCUUGCUUGAAUGUUUUGAAUAUAUGGAUGAGUCAAAUAUUAAAGUGUCCCAGCCACAUUCUGAAGCAGUGAGGAACGCCAUCACUAAGAAUCGUGCUGCAGUAACAGGAAGCCUCUUGUUGAAACUUCCCUUUACAACCAUAUUUGAGUAUCUUCAGAUGUUGCAGAUGAUUGCUUUAUCAAUGAGAAGUCUUGGACCACAUGCAAUGCUUUAUCUUGCAGCGGCAGUGUCUGACUUUUAUGUUCCUUGGAAGAGCAUGGCUGAACACAAAAUUCAGUCAGGGACUGGUCCGUUGGACAUGCGACUUGUUCAGGUGCCAAAGAUGCUCUUAGUGCUUAGGCAAGACUGGGCACCAAAGGCCUUUUGUAUAUCUUUCAAGCUAGAGACGGAUUCGAAGAUUCUUUUAGAGAAGGCUGAUAUGGCUCUCAAGAAGUACAAGAUGCAUAUGGUUGUAGCGAAUGAACUUUCGACCCGCAAGGAAGAGGUUGUAGUUGUCAGAAGUAACGAAAAAGUUUCAGUUCAUCGAAACAAUUCUCUCGGUGAUAAUGAUGUGGAAAGUCCGCUUAUCGAACUUAUUGUGGAGAGGCAUUCAGCGUAUGUCAACAAUUCUGAUAUAUGA